AUGAUUGAGAGUAGAUGGAAGAAGAUUGAACAGCAAAAGAGAAGUCUUUCCUACUUAGAUGGCUUGCUCCGAAAAGCUAAGGAAGCUCUCGCUUGUGCCAAUGUUGAGCACCGUCGAAUAGAAGCCGAGUGGGACAUUGACGAUCCAAGCUACCGUAGAUCUUACCAAACUGUGAGAAGAGCGAGUGCUACAGUGUCGAGUCUUGAGAGAAGAAUUCAUUUACUUGAGAAUGACAAGCCAGCCGAUCUAGUCUUCUCGUUGCCAGAGGACGAAAGUGAUGGAGAAUCGCUUCUUUUCUUCAUGCUUAUGGGUGACGAUAUUCGUCACCUUGUAGAGUUAGCCUAUCGAGCUGAAUGUCUAUUAUGGCACAAGCAGAAUAUCCCGAAGGAGAAGGCAAUGGGACAAACUGUAAGCUGUUGGUUGGGUGAAAGUUUGGGAUUCUUGCAAUAUCAACAAGGGCUUGAAGGUAUGAUUCGCCUCUUCUGUCCAUCAGCUGAGCGGUAUAUUCGGACCAAGGAUCUUAGAAGUUACGAGAGAAGGACAGGGGUACUCUUUCCUAGCGUUAGAAACUUCAAAAUUGGGUGGAAAGAGAACUCUCCAUUUGCAGACAAAGGCCAAGUCAGCAUCCAAAUUUUCACCGAGACGUUUGAUCCAGAGUGGACUAACCAACCUUCAAAUGAAAACUUUGAAGCAAUGAUGGAAUUCAUGGUUGUACUCUCAAGCCCUUCGCGGGAGAACAUUGCACCAGCAAAACCCUGGAUGAAACCCAGCUGGCUCACACCAGUACAAUUUAAGGCCUUUGGCAGUUUAAGAGCAGGGGGCCGAACACAAUUUCGAAGUCUCCUCAAUGCCCUGUUCGAGAAUCUAUUACCUCUCGAGAAUCCUUGCGUUCAUAAUCUGAUUCGGCAGCUCAUCUUUCAGCUCGGAGCUUAUGAUUGGAAAACAGAUCUCGAACCAGGAUGGCUUGGUUUAGCUAUGGAAGCAUUCUGGUGUCGCGAAGUGGAUAGGCUUCAAGAAGCGCCGAAAUUACAUGAAAACCUGCUUUUGGCGGGUGUUGUUUGUGGCUUUUACGGUCAAUACAACAUGCACCUCGAAGCACUUGCCGUCCGAUGUUCUGAAAUUUUUUGUCAGUGGGCUUGUGAUAUUUCUGAGGAAACAAGAAGCGCUGAAUUGAUCCUGAAGCAAGCGCGUUUUUAUGGCUAUGGAAUUUUAUGUCUCGCAUCAGUCAAGAUAACAUUUCACUACCGUAAACACCUACUACGCCUGCUAGUGCUGUACAGAGACCGUCUGCUUCUUUCCGAGAAAGAGACUGACCGUGCAUUGGAGCAUGCUAUUAUGAAGGUUACGGGAACGAAGUGGUCCAAAGAGGACCGACUUUUCAUGAAGAAGCGUUAUUUGCACCGUGAUUUGCUACUAACGUCUCUUGUUCAGGAUGUCGUCGAGAGUGCUCCUUCCGAUCUGAUGUGGUCAGAGGUGUCUUGUAAUCACGCUGAGAGCACAGCUUGCUUUGAGGCUCGCCAUCAUGGUCGACUCUUUUCGAUCAAUUUGAAUAAUGGUGUUGUCAUCGUCAACGGGGCAACAAAGUGCCUUCUUCCGCAAUCGGUCACGUCGAGCAGCCUCUUCGAACGAUUUUUCGGUAACAGGAGUCCCGAAGUAUCGAUCGAGGGUAUUCAUCAUUAUCGGUCUGCGCAUAGAUUCGACGGGCACUACUUCUACGAUUUCGUCAUCGACACAGAUAAUCAACUUCAUAUUGUCGAAUUCGAUUCAAGAAAAGGAUUCGGUGAUUCUGAAAGGCUUGAGCUGUUGGAUCCUGCCACAGUCGGUAUCUCUUGCUUCGCAAUAGAUCGAUCGGACAGCACCAAAUAUCUCACGCAAUGA